AUGAAAAGAAGCAUAGCUUCUGUUAAGGACUUAGCUGAUUAUUUUAACGUGGCCAUUCAACACAGAGCCAACAAUACAAUUGUGGCUGGAUAGUAUGUUGCUAGAAAAGUUUCAAUCGUGUCCUUAUUCAUGUAAACGACAAAAGGGAGAGAUAAGAUUUGUUGUUUGAUUUAGUAUUUAGCAGAUUUAUACGAAGCUUGCAUUAAAUUUUCAAAUAUUCCUGAAAUUUAAGCAGCAUCCUCUGAUAUGUUUUCUAAAAAAAUAGCAUCUCGAAUUAGAGAGUCUAUGAAGAAUGGAAGAAAGAUAUUCAAAUUCUUAAAAUUCUUCGAUUCCAUUAGAUGUUUGAGCAACAUCCAUGCUAAAAAUAAACCAAAAUAUUAUAAAAUCACAACCUCUAUUAUGCAUGUGUGCAAUUUCUUUUAUUACAUAAUGGAUCACAUUAUUUGGGGCAUUAAUAUUGGUGUUCUGAAUGAAAUUGUUUCUUUGAAAGCUAAAUCAACCAUAAAAGGAUAUAAAGACUCAUUCUCAUUAGCAAAAGCUUUGUUAAAAUUACUAAAAUCAUUUUUUGAUUACAAGAUAAUUUAUGACAAGGAAAUGGAAUUAGUCAAAGAAAUCAAGGAAAUACCAGAUAAAUUGAUAUAUGAAGAUGCAAUUGCAGUUUAAUGUGCUAACAGUUUAAUAAAUAGUAGAUAAAAAAGAAGAAUCAAAUAGCUUAAUUUUAUAGUUACAUCGCUUAGAAUAGUGAUGUUAUUGAGAAGAUUAAAAUUGUUUGGAUUAAAUAAAAAAAUCAGCAAAAUAUUUUAUUCCUGUAGUGGUUUAACUAUAACUUUAAUUAACAUCAUGGUUUAAUUGAUCAAUAAUAAUGAAUUAAUUAAUCAAAAAUUAGAGAAAAAUGAGAAGGAGAAAGACAAAGAUAAAGAAAAAGAGAGGAAGCUUGCAAGAGUGAAUUCUUUCAUUCCUUAAAAUCACCAAUUAAAGAAAGUAAAGUCAGAAUUAGAAAGAGUCUUAGGAGAGGACUCAGAAAAUGAAGGAGAUUGA